AUGAACAAAAAUUUUUUAGAUGUUAAAGAUGCUGAGGAAUAACAUUAUCAAAUCAUUAAUAAUAUCAUACAAAAUUGCAUUCUACAUUCAUAUGUUUUCAUUUCAUUUCAAAAUGAAGAAACUACAUAAGGUUAGUAGAGUAGAUCAUAGAAUUUACAAAUAGAAACUUAAAUGGGUAGAACUUUCUUUUUUCGAGAAGGAGAAGAAUAUUAUUAUGUAAGAAAAUAUGUUUAUAAAGGCUGGAUAAUUAAUGAAUAAUUAGCCUAUUGGAAUUUGGAUGAUCAAUAUUGGCUAACACUUUUAUAAUAAAUAUUUAGUAUCAACAAUUUUUCUUGAUUUUUAAACGAGUGGGAGAGCUAUAAUAAUAGAGGAGGGAUAAAUAACAUUAAAUUAUCUUUAACUCAUAAAAAUUUUGGAAAAAAAAUAAUAAAGCCCUUAAUAUUAAAUUAAAGCUGAUCAAAAAAAGAGGGAGAAUUUAGCUUUGAUUAAAUUAAGAAAUAGGAUGCUUGGAUGGUAUGUAAAAUAAAUUAAAAUUAACACUAGCUAGAUCUAUAACUGUAAAGAAUAUAAUGAUCAAUAUGUUAUUUGGAAAAAUUUAGAAUUAAUUAAUUUUUAUCAUCCAAAGUAUUAUUUGAUUAAUUAUAUUAAGUAUGUAUCCUCCUAGUAUACCUUAUUUUAAAUAUAGAGAUUAUAAAGAGUAAAUAUAAUUGAAACUUUAUGAAGCGGUAGUCAAUUAAUUUGUUUUGGAUAAUAUUGUAAAGGAAUAAAAAAUGGAAAAUUUUUUAUUUAAUUUAGAAAUAAUUCUGACUCUGGAUUUUAAACCAUGUAUUUAAAAUUAAUUUAUAAACUAAGAGGUGGAGGAGACUAUAAUAAAAAUGGGAGAAAAAAUGGUAAAUGGAUUUGUGUAGUUAAGAAUUUUUUAAAGUAAUAAUUAUAUUAAAUUUUGAUAGAUAAAACUAAGUCAUAUUUGAAGGUGAAUAUAGAAAUGGAAUAAAAAAUUCAUAAUGGAAUAUAAAAACUAGAGAAAAUACAGAUCAAUAAUGGCAAACCAUGUAAAAGUUUAUAAUUUAAUAUUAAUUAGAGGUGGUGGAAUAUAUGAUGAAGAAGGUAGGUAAAUAGGAGAUUGGAUUGAAUAAUAUGACUAAUUAAUGUAAAAUAAAAUCUUAAUAAUAGUUUUACUGAAUUUUAAUGGAACAUUCUUUAUAAAAAUAGUAAAUAAAAGUCAGAAUUAGAUCUUUAUUUUUUGGAGUCUAAUGGCUAUUUUAAAUAAAUGUAUGAAAACAAAUUUUAUUCAUUAAUUAGUUAAAAUUAUAUAUAUGAUGAUUAUUAAUUUUCAGAAAAUAAAUGGCUAAAUUAAAAUUUAGAACUUAUUUUGUAAUGAUAAUAAUUUAUAAGAAGGAAUUAAAAAAUAUUUUUUGCUGGAUCAUUUAAUUAAGGUAAACGGGUAGGAGAAUGGAAAAUUCUCACAUAAGAUACAGUUAUGUAAAGAAAAAUGAAAUUAAUAUUUUAGAGGAGGAGGGUUAUUUGAUUUUAAUGGAUUGAAACAAGGGAAAUGGAUAGAAAUUAGAGAUAAUUUUUAUGGGUAUCAGAAAUUCAUUAGGUUAGAAAAAUAUUGAUAAAGUAAAUAGGAGAAUAUCAAAAUGGAAGAAAAAUAGGGAAAUGGUAUAUUUAAUGGGUUGAAAUUUUAACAAAAAACAAUAAAAUAAUGUAAUUUUUAUAUUUGAAUAAAGUGGAGGUGGUAAUUAUGAUGAAAAUGGAGUAAAAUAAGGUAUAUGGGAAGAUUUAAUUUUGGAUUUUAGUGAGUAUUAUUAUAGUUUAAGUUUAGAUAGAAUUAAAUUAUUUAUAAGGGGAGUUAUAAAGAUGGAAUUAGAAUAGGUUAAUGGAUAAUUCAAAGUACAAAAGAUUUAUCUAAAUUAAAGAUUAUGUAUUUAGAUAAAUAAUAAAUAUAGGGGUGGAGGAUAAUACGAUGAAAAAGGAUUAAAAGUAGGUAUUUGGAGAGAACCAUGUUAGAAUUAUAAGAAGUUAAUUUUGAUUUUAUUGUAGAAACUGUGAAAUUUAUUAAAGUGGACAAUACUAAAUUGGAAGGAAGAUUGGGUAUUGGUAAUUUUAGUUGAAAAAAAAAAUAGUUCAUAGAAAAAAUAAAGAUGAUAAAUUUUAAGAUCUGUAAUAUUUAUAUUAAUAUUAGUGGUGGUGGAAAUUAUGAUGAAUACGGAUAGAAAAGUGAUGUUUGGACAGAGAUUUCUUAAUAUUUUAGAGAGUAAAAUAAGUUUAGAUUUCAGGGAUUGCCAAAUUUUAUUUGAAGGUAAUUACUAAAAAGAUAAAAAAAUUGGGUUAUGGAAUAUCAAAUAUAGAUAUAGUGAAGGAAAAGAUUUUGAAAUUAUGUAAUAUUAUUAUAGAUUAAAAUUUUUAGAGGUGGAGGAAAUUUUGAUGAAAAUGGAAUAAAAUGUGGAUUAUGGAAAGAUGUUAAUGAAAAUUUUUCAGAGUAAAAACUAUUUUUAUAAUAGUUCACGCUAAGUUUUAGAAAUAGUUUUAUAUCAACUUGGUAGAAAGCAUGGAAAACAUAAAAUAGAAUAUAGAAAAAUUCAUGGUUCUUAAUUUAUUUAAAUGUAAUUAUAUCCAUAAAAAAAUAGAUGUGAAGGAUAAUUUAAUUUUAAAGGUUAAAAAGAUGGUGUUUGGAAUGAGUUACAUUAUUAAUUUAGAGAGUAUAAUUAUAUAUUUUAGAAUAGUUUCUGUUAAGUCAUUAAAAAAGGACAAUAUUAGGAUGGAAUAAAGUAAGGUAAAUGGGAUAUAACAUUUAGAGAAUUCUAUGAUUAAGAAUUUGUGAAAAUGUAAAUUUAAUAAAAGCUUUUAGUGGUGGUGGUAAAUAUGAUAAUGGAAUAAAAGUAGGAAAUUGGAUUGAUAUUGAUCAAUAAUUUUGUAGGUUUUGUAAUAUAAUAUUUUAGAUCUCGUUAAAUAAUUUAAAAAGCAGAAUAUAUUAAAGGGUUAAGAAUUGGAAAUUGUGAAAUUCUAUAUAGAAAUCACAAAACUAAUGAAUUUUAAUAAAUGUAUAAAGAUAUUUAAUAUAAAAGUGGACAUGGAAAAUAUGAUACAUUUGGAAAUAAAGAUGGAUAAUGGUAGGAACCACACUAAAAUUUUUGGGAGUAUUAUCAAAAUAAAUAUUUUAGGUAUUUUCAAUUAUAUUAAUUUGGAUAAUACAAAAAUGGAAUUAAAUAAGGUCUUUGGUAAAUAUCAAAAGAUGUUUAAUGUUAAAAUGAAGAUCAUAUAAUGUAUGUCAUUUGAACAAAUAGAUAAGUGCUGGUGGUAUAUAUGAUGAUUAAGGAAAGAAGAAUAAAAAAUGGAUUGAUUUAAGUUGGAAUUGUUUAUUGUCUAGUUAUACUUUAGAAGAAGGUGAAUAUUGUAAAGAAAAGAGAAUAGGAGAAUGGAUUUUGAAAUUGUAAGUUUAUGAUGAAACUAAAUUAAUGUAAGUUUAAUCAUUAUUUAGUGGAUCUUGUAUUUAUAAUAAAAAUGGUUUGAAGGAUGGAUAUUGUGUUGAUUUAGACAUAGAUUUCUUCUUGUAAAUCAUAUUGUAAAUUUAGUAACAAAUGUGCAUAUAACUCUACAUAUUAAAAUGGAAGGAAAAAUAAUGAUUCAAAAGAAUUUUCUGCUAGAUGA